UGUUGAUUGACCUAGUAACAGCUGUUUACAAUUACAAUUUACGUGAAUGUGAUUCAGAAUGGCCGACAAAUCUUGCCAAUUUUCCAACAAUCUUUAUGUUUCCCAGCCAAAGAAACGAAAUUGGUGAAUACCAACUUUGGCACUUUUCAAAGUGUUAUAGAUGAGCAAAUUGAAAAUCUUAAAUAUAAGGGAAUUAUAUAUGUGGGAACAUAAUCUAAAUAAUUUAUAUAUGUAUAUAGGGGUUUAUUGGCAGAAUCAAAAAUAGGAAAAUAAUCUAUGUUACAAUAUUCAUAAAAAUAUCUGCCUAGGAUGGAAGGAGAUAAACCUCCACCUAAGAAAGAACGCAACUUCCCAAAUCUCGACCUAUCGGACCAAUCUACCCUUAAUGCAGUUCAGCAACCUGUUUUAAUAGUUCAGUCUCCAAAAACACCAACUUUGUCAAAAAAAUUAAAAGCAGUUAGCCUGGACUCCGAUCCGCCUGAGUCCGAUUCAUGUUUAGAAGUAUCUAGAGAUGUAUUUUCUAUGCCAAACACACCAAAGCGACAAAUAAAGCCUAGGCUAUCAUGUGAUUUUGAAGAUGGAACCCACAGGUCAACACUAGCACCUAGUUUUAGUUCAAAUCUCAAGAAGUUUGCCUCAAAUACAAGCAUUUCUGGUUCUCAAACUCUCAAAACUCUACCAGAAAUUAUGACAUUACAAGAUUUUUCUGAUGGGCCUGUGGUUGCACCCAUGAAAAUCAAAGCAAAGGGAUUAUUAGAGAGGAGGGGAUCUAACGCAAGUCUUACAAUAGAUUUGGGAUCAAAUUCCAGUAUUAGUGAAGUUAAACCACCUUUCACUCGACUGAAUACCGCAAAGAGUGUUUCUAAUCUCAAUUUAUCUAGUUUGGAAGUGACAGAUAAAUCUUGUCAUUGCUUGAAAAAAUGUGAGGCACAAGCUAAAGCAUCCGAAAGAAGGAAGUCACAAGAAGCUUGUGGAAAUUGUAUAAUUUACGAAUCCGUUCCAAGCAAAAUAAGUGGUUGCAAAGCUAAAUGCCAAAUUUUGAAAAAAUGCAACUGCUGUGCACAAUCUCGCAGAAAAUCACUGUCAAAUGAAAACUUAUAUGUACCUCCUUGUGGAUUUUGUCAAACAGGAACUCUCAAAGAUUGUAUUGGUUCUUCUAAGCACUGCAAGGGUUACAGAAAGGCAUGUUAUCCUCGCCAACCUGAUUUGGAGUCUUCUCAGUUACUUUCUGAAGAUUUUAAACUCCAUUUACAAAAUAUCCAGUAUUUACAAACAGCUGGUAACAUAUUAUCUAUUAGUGAUUUGCAACAAUCUUGUGAGGGUUCUCGAGUUCCAAAGUUACAUCAAGAAUUUUGGGAAGUACCAUUGAACCUUCAGGAAAAGUGCUAUGCAUCUGGUAGCCAAAGUCGUAAUAGGUAUAGAGGAGUAUUACCUAAUGAACACAGUAGAGUUCAUUUACCUGGAUCACAAAAUUAUAUUCAUGCCAAUUACAUAAAAGGCCCAGAUUAUACAGAGACAGUUUAUAUAGCUACUCAAGGUCCAAUGGCUCAUACUUGUCAAGAUUUUUGGGAAAUGGUGUGGAACACACAUUGUAAGUGCAUCGUUAUGCUCACUGGACUAAUAGAAAAAGGUAGGAGCAAAUGCGAACUAUACUUUCCUCUAGGUAAAACAGAUGAUACAGUGGAAAAAUCAUUUUUCUAUGUGAAAACCACUAAGGUACGAGAUAAAUUUACGUUUGACAUGAAGAAUAAUACUCAACAGUACGAUGAGGAAAUUCACACUUUUGAGGAAUUGGAUGAAAUAUCAUUUGGGAAUUACAAAAUAACUUAUUUACAAAGAAGUAGUUUAGAUGAAUGUCAAAUUAGACUAUUAGAAGUUAGAAAAACUGAUUCGACAGAAGAAGCUAGAUUCAUUCACCAUUAUUGGUUCUCUGACUGGCCAGAUCAUAAAAUGGCCAGCCCUGAACAAGUAUUGAAGAUAGCUUUGGAUGUUUUAGACUUGAUGGAUUCAAAUAAGAAACUUGACAAUAAUAUAGCUGACAUAUCGAAAAGUAUUGAUGAAUCUCUUUUGAAAAGUACAAAAAAUAAAUCUGAUCUCAGAAUUAAAGGUUGCUAUGAUAAGUUGAAUUCUAUUGACAAAAAAAAACAUUACUUCAACAAAAGAGAGUCGACUCUUGCCUUGCUGAAAAGUAAUCCACCCCAAGAGCGUAGGAAGUCAACAGAGAAUAUAAAACUACCUGUAAUAGUACAUUGUAGUGCUGGUAUUGGGAGAACAGGAUGCUUCCUAGCUAUAUUGAAUGGCAUUCAGCAGUUGAAAUUAAAUCGUAAUGUUGACGUUUUAGCCAUUUUGUGUUCUUUAAGGUUAAAUAGAGGUGGUAUGGUUCAAACAGCUGAACAGUAUGAACUUAUACACCGUGUUUUGAGUUUGUAUACAGAAUCUAUGACCUAAGUACUUCAGUUGCCAGUUUUUCGAUCAAUGUUGAAUUUAUUGGGAAAUAUUCUGUAGUAGUUUUAAUAACAGUUUGUGCGAAUUCUAGCCAUGACAGUGCCGUUUUCAGGUUGAAUAUUAUAUGAAUAUUAUAUGAUAA